UACAACUAUGAUCUUUUGGAGUUGGAAAUAUUGUUGAUCAUGUCUUUAUUGGAAGAGUUGUUAAAAUUUUCUCCUAUUCCUUUGGAACCUGAACAGGCUAAAGUACUUAUUGCUAAAGCUUUAGGUUACUCUAUUAUUAUAGCCUCAUCUUUAAUCAAAUUACCUCAACUUUUCAAGAUUGUUCAAGCUCGUAGUGGAGCAGGAAUCAAUUUUUAUGGUCAAGCAUUAGAAUUAUUUGCCUAUUCUCUUAAUUGUGGGUAUUCGUUUGCUAAACUUUAUCCGUUCAGUGCUUGGGGGGAAUCAUUGUUUCUAUUGCUUGAGAAUUUUCUCAUCUGUUUAGCUGUUCUUAACUAUGAUAAUAGGAAGAAAAGUUGUUUUGUAUUUGCCAUCCUUUACAGUUUAUGCUUUGCUGCGUUGAUGAGUGGCUUUAUUCCUAUCAAUAUUUUAUGGUAUCUUCAAUCACUAAAUUUACCAUUGGCAAUCGGAGGCAAAAUGAUGCAAGCCUGGAGCAACUAUAAGAAUCGACAUACUGGCCAAUGUUCAGCCAUCACCGCUACCUGUCUUUGUCUUGGAUGUAUUGCACGAAUAUUCACAACAAUUCAAGAGACGAAAGAUUCUUUAAUGAUCGUUAAUUUCGCUGUUGCUUCAGUAGCUAACUUCCUUCUUGUUUCUCAAAUCUUCUACUAUUGGGAAAAUACCAACAAAUUCCUUGCUAAAUCAGCCAAGAAAAAGAAGAAGUAAUCUACCGUUUUUAUAUUUACUCCUGAUUAUCAAGUUAUGAUGUAUCAUAAUACAAAUGAAUUUACUUAUUUCAAAGAAUUAAACUUUUAAUACUAACU